GUGAGUGGGUUAAUGAGGCGAGCGCUUUCCAGGACCCUGCCUAUUUGAAGCUGGCCAGGAGCGCCCGCUGUUAUCACCCCGCUUAGUGCUAGCAGUGACCCAGGAGCCGCAGUGUCCACUCUGCUAUGUGACAGUCAGUAUGGGACCUACAGGCGCAGAGGUUGUAGCAGUGAUCCUUCUCUGCAGUUUUGUGACAAAGAAUUGUGUGGCAUCGGAGUCUCACCCUGCUCAAGGAGACACAACUACGUCAUCUCCUGAGCCCAAAUGUCCAUCACCUUGUCUCUGCAGCUACGACUACAAUGAAGAUUACAACAUCUUCUGCAGCUCACGGAACCUCUCCCGUGUUCCAGAUCUUCUGCCCACGAAUGUUCGAGCCUUAUGGCUGGACGGCAACAACCUCACCACCAUGCCCACUGAAGCUUUCAAAAACUUAUCCCAGCUCGACUUUCUUAACCUGCAGAGCAGUCAUCUGACUAGUCUGGAGCCACAUGCCCUCCAUGGACUCAAGGCUUUAGCCCAUUUGCACUUGGAGCGGAAUGCGUUGAAGUUCUUGGCCCCUAACACCUUUCUUCACACCCAGAACUUGGUUUCCUUGAGCCUCAACAACAAUUUCUUUAUAAGAAUUGAAGAUGGCUUAUUUGCAGGUCUUUCAAACCUUUGGUACUUAAACUUGGGAUGGAACUCACUGGUGGCCCUGCCAGACACCGUGUUUCACGACCUACCUAACCUUAGAGAACUCAUUCUGGCCAAAAACCAUCUGACGUACGUCCACUCUCCGUUGUUUGUCAGCUUGGUGGAACUGAAAGAGCUGGACAUUAGUGGGAACAUGUUACGGGGUUUGAAAGCUCACAUUUUCAUCAAAUUACACAAGCUUCAGAAGUUGUAUCUGAACCACAACAUCAUCUCCACCAUUGCCUCGAGAGCUUUCUUUGGUAUGAAGUCCCUUCGAUGGUUGGAUCUGUCACAAAAUCGUCUGUCUGCCCUAUCUGAAGACACCUUUGCCGGUUUACUAAGUCUCCAUGUUCUUAGAUUGUCUAACAAUUCUAUUACCACCUUAAGACCGAGGGUCUUCAAGGAUUUACAGUUCUUAGAGGAGCUGAAUCUGAGUUACAACAAGCUCAGGACCCUCAUCGAACGGGUAUUUGAAGGUCUUGGACAACUUGAAUUUCUGUCUUUGAAUAACAACAACAUUCAGGAGAUCCGUCCUGGAGCAUUUACAGGACUUUUCAACGUGGCGGUGAUGAACCUGUCAGGGAACUGUCUCAAGAUACUUUAUGAACAUUCCUUCCGAGGACUUGGAAAGCUUCACAGCUUGCACAUGGAGAACAGUUGUAUCAGUAGGAUAAAGCCACACAUGUUCACAGGCCUCUCAAAUCUGAGGAGGCUCUUUCUCCAGCGCAAUGACAUUUCGGUCAUUGAUGACAACAGCUUCUCUGACCUUCAAGAUCUACUAGAAUUGGACCUCAGGUUCAAUAAAUUGACUCAACUCUCAGCCAAAUCCUUCACAGGACUUAAAGAUCUUUCAUACCUUUUUCUGGCCAACAACCAACUUCAGACUCUUUCUUCAGAGACCUUCAGUCUGUUUCAGAGGCUACAGUGGCUUGACCUUUCAGACAAUCAGCUGAAUGUUUUUGCUACAGACAUCUUUCAGCCGUUUUCUCGUCUUCGAUAUCUCAGCCUUCAAAGGAACCCAUUGAAAACCAUCUCAGUUAGUUCCCUGCUUAUGGGUUCUCCAAUCCAACAGCUCUGGUUACAUGGGAACCACUGGGAUUGUGGCUGUUCCCUGAAAGACCUAAGAGAUUUUUGCGUAAGAAACGCCACCGUUGUCCCCAGAGUGCUACAGUCUGUGUCAGAGGGUUAUGAUACCAGUCCCCCUAGUUACAUCUACAACAACAUCACCUGUGCAAGUCCUCCACAGGUUGUAGGACAGGACUUGCGUGAUUUGAAUGAUGAACAUUUUUCUAAAUGUCCUUGAUAAAGUUGGUCGGGCAACAAACUUGGGGUGAUUUAUGCCAGUUACACAAUGUUACAAUGUUAUAGUGAUGAUACCUCCUUAGGACAUCAGACUCAAUCAUUUUUUGGAAAUGUCAAAUGUAGUCAACCAUAUAAAUUUUUCUCACUUGUGCGGAA